AUGCCCAACCGAGCAAAGCGACUCGCUAUAUCCGAGAGACCGAUGCAUCAGAAGGCAGUGGAAGCACUGCUUGGGCUCAAUAAGCUCAUCGAGCAGCUUCAAAGCUCCCCUGAUACCAUGGAAACGCUGGCACCAUUCUCCAGCUUGGCUGCACCCGACACGCGCAUCAAGUUCGAGCUUCCGGACAAGGGUGCCAAUCCAAACUCCACCGUCGUCACGAUUCAGCCUAAUGGCGGGCAGAUCGAGCUUCAGCCACCAUCAAACAUCAUGACCAACUCACCAUUUGAGCUUGAAGCUUCAGAGCGUCUCCGCGAUCUGGACGCAGCUGCCGCGCGUAAGGAAGCUGUCGAGGUCACAGACACCAUUGAGCUGAUAGGUAUGACACGUGAGAUGGAUGACGGAGAGCUCCUGGAAUUCCUGACGACGGAUGAGCGAGCGGUGACUCUGGUGACAAAGCUCCUGGACAUCAACGACCAAAACCGGGUCGCAUACAAGACCUUGCAGCGGACGUUUACCGCAUUUCUCAAGCGGCAUCAGGAAGCUCAAGCUGAGUUUUCGUUCGAGCUCCUCGAGGCAGUUCUUCACCUUGAGAAGAACCGAGCUCUGCAUGCCCAGGUCGAGCAGAUAACUCUUGAGCUGGAGUUGGAGAGAGAGGCAAAGCUUCGAUUCAAGGAAGCUGCCGAGGGGCACGUGGAGCUUUCGGCAAGUCGACGUGCUGCGCUUAGUAGCGCGUGUGCGCAAGAGAGGGCUGUCAUAUCGUACAUGACACUUGUACUAACUUCGUCUUACAGAAUGCGCGGCGAGCUCCAGGCCAAGCUUGACCUCUCGAUCGAGGCUGCCGCCAUCUCCCAGGCUGCGCAACAAGUCGCUGCAGGUCACCGACGAGCCUACUUCUGGCAGGGCUUCCUCCGCGGAGCCAAGUGGGAUAACAAGCUGCAACCGCUUCGGCGGCUUGUUGGAGAACCAAGCUCAGCUGCUUCUGCCACGACCUCUCGGCCUCCCGCGCCACUCUCCGACAAGCUUACACGUGCCGAAGCUUUCCACGAAGCUGUGUUCCUGCUCUCCUCCCCCCCUUCGGAGGAACUCAAGCUUAGACUACGGGAGCGAGCUGCUCAGCUUUGGGAGCUUGUGCGCAAGACCGACGGCAAAGCUGCGAACUUGCCAGGUCGCUUCAAGGACAACAACAAGGCGGGAAUGCCAUAUCGGCUAGCUGUACCUGCCGAGCUCAAGGCAGAGUAUCCUUCCAAGGUCUACUUCGACCACUUCUGGUCUCACGCUUCCAAAUAA